AUGAGUGCUACUAUUAAGUUAGAAAAUACGGCCCGUAGAGAUGCUUUAAUUGAUAUAGAAAAGAAAUAUCAAAAGGUUUGGGCUGAUGACAAGGUAUUUGAAGUUGAUGCGCCAACUAUCGAAGAAGAACCAUCGAUUGAUGAUGCUGAAGAAUUAAGGAAGAAGUAUCCUAAGUAUUUUGCCACUAUGGCUUACCCUUACAUGAACGGUGUUUUGCAUGCUGGUCACAGUUUCACUUUAUCGAAAGUUGAGUUUUCUACUGGUUUCGAAAGAAUGAAUGGUAAGAGAGCAUUGUUUCCAUUAGGAUUCCACUGUACUGGUAUGCCAAUCAAAGCUUCUGCUGAUAAAAUCAAGAGAGAAAUUGAAGAAUUUGGUGAAGAUUUUUCGGGAGCUCCAGCUGAAGACGUUGAAGAACAACCUAAAGAAAAGGUCAAGAGGGAUGAUAUUACUAAGUUCAGUGCUACGAAGUCCAAGGCUGCUGCAAAGCAAGGUAGAGGUAAAUACCAAUUCGAAAUCAUGUUGCAAUUAGGUAUUAGUAAAGAAGAAGUUGUAAAGUUUUCUGACCCAGAUUACUGGCUUAAAUAUUUCCCUCCUUUAGUCCAGAAAGAUGUUACUGCCUUCGGUGGUAGAGUUGACUGGAGACGUUCUUUUGUUACUACCGAUGCUAAUCCUUACUAUGAUGCCUUUGUUAGAUGGCAAAUAAAUAGGUUAAGAGAUUGUGGUAAGAUUAAGUUUGGUGAAAGAUACACCAUUUACUCUGAAAAAGAUGGACAAGCUUGUUUAGAUCACGAUAGACAAUCAGGAGAAGGUGUUAACCCACAAGAAUAUACUGGUAUUAAGAUCGAAGUUACCGAAUUUGCAGAAGAAGCUAAGAAGCUCUUCCAAGAAAAUAAUUUUGAACUUGAAGGUAAGAAAGUUUACUUAGUAGCUGCAACUUUAAGACCUGAAACCAUGUAUGGUCAAACUUGUUGUUUUGUUUCUCCAAAGAUUGACUAUGGUAUCUUUGAUGCCGGUAAUGGCAACUACUAUAUUUGUACUGAACGUGCUUUCAAGAAUAUGUCAUACCAAAAUUUGACACCUAAGAGAGGUGUCUAUAAGUCGAGUGUACAGGUCAAUGGUAAGGCUUUGAUAGGUUCUAAAAUUCAUGCUCCAUUAGCCGUACACAAGGAAUUACGUGUCUUACCUAUGGAAACAGUCUUGGCUUCAAAGGGUACAGGUGUCGUCACUUGUGUACCAUCUGAUUCUCCAGAUGACUAUAUCACCACCAAGGAUUUAAUUAACAAACCAGAAUAUUACAACAUUGAAAAAGAAUGGGUUUGUGAUGAUAUUAUUCCAAUCAUCAGGACUCAAAGAUACGGUGACAAGUGUGCUGAGUUUUUAGUUAAGGAAUUGAAGAUUCAAUCUCCUAAAGACGCUGUUCAAUUGGCUGAAGCAAAGGAAUCUGCUUACAAAGAAGGAUUUUAUAAUGGUACGAUGAUUUUUGGAAAGUAUGUUGGUUUAGCAUCUUCAGAUGCUAAAUCAAAGGUUAGAGCUGAUUUGGUCGCAUCUAAUGAUGCCUUUGUGUAUAAUGAACCUGAAGGUUCUGUUAUUUCCAGAUCUGGUGACGAAUGUAUUGUUUCCUUGGAAGACCAAUGGUAUAUUGACUACGGUGAAGAAUCAUGGAAAUCUCAAGCUUUAGAAUGUUUAGCCGAUAUGCAAACAUUCGCAAAGGAAACCAGACAUGGUUUUGAAGGUGUUUUAGAUUGGUUAAAGAACUGGGCUGUUACCAGAAACUUUGGUUUAGGUACCAGAUUACCAUGGGAUAAAAAAUACUUGAUCGAAUCGUUAUCAGACUCAACUAUUUAUAUGGCCUAUUAUACUAUUGCCCGUUUCUUACACUCUGAUUAUUAUGGUGCUAAAGCAGGUAAAUUUGAUAUUAACCCAGAAUUAAUGACCGAUGAAGUUUUUGAUUUUAUCUUUAAUCGUCGUGAAGACAUCAAUACUAAUAUUCCAAUUGACCAAUUAAAGGAAAUGAGAAGAGAAUUCGAAUAUUUCUAUCCAUUGGAUGUAAGAGUUUCUGGUAAGGAUUUAAUUCCAAACCAUUUAACUUUCUUUAUCUAUACACAUGUUGCCUUAUUCCCUAAGAGAUUAUGGCCAAAGGGUAUUAGAAGUAAUGGUCACUUGAUGUUGAAUCAUGCUAAGAUGUCGAAAUCAACUGGUAACUUCAUGACAUUGGAACAAAUUGUUGAAAAAUUCGGUGCUGAUGCUUCUAGAAUUGCUUUAGCUGAUGCUGGUGAUACCGUUGAAGAUGCAAACUUUGACGAAUCAAAUGCUAACGCUGCUAUUUUACGUUUGACUACAUUGAAAGAAUGGUGUGAAGAAAUCAUCAAAAAUAAGGACUCAUUAAGAACUGGCCCAACUGACUCAUUCUUCGACGUUGCAUUCGAAAAUGAAAUGAAUGAUUUAAUUGGUAAAACAUAUGCUCAAUUCGAAAUCACCAAUUUCAAGGCUGGAUUGAAAUACGGUUUGUUCGAUUAUCAAACUGCUAGAGAUUACUACAGAGACUCUGUAACUUCAAAUAUAGGUAUGCACAAGGAUCUUGUGAUCAGAUACAUUGAGACUCAGGCCUUAUUAUUAGCUCCAGUUGCUCCACAUUUCAGUGAGUAUAUUUAUCGUGAUGUCUUGGGCAACAGUGGAUCUAUCCAAUCUACUAAAUUCCCAAGUGCUACCAAGCCCGUGGAAAAAUCAAUUUCAGAUGCUUUAGAGUAUGUUAGAGACUUAUCUAGAUCUAUUCGUGAAGCCGAGGGUAACGUCUUGAAGAAGAAGAAGGGUAAGCCAUCUGAAGUUGAUCCUUCAAAGCCUGCAAAAUUAAGAUUAUUUGUUGCUACAUCUUUCCCAGAAUGGCAAGACAAUUACAUCGAAAUUGUCAGACAAUUAUUUGAAUCCCAAUCCUUGGACGACAACAAGAUCAUAAGGGAAAAGGUUGGUAAAGACAUGAAGCGUGCCAUGCCUUUCAUUUCUUUAUUAAAACAAAGAUUAGCCAACGAAGAUCCUCAAACCGUCUUCAACAGAGAAUUGACUUUUAAUGAAACCGACGUCAUCAAGUCUGUCUUGGCUAACGUCAAGAAAUCCUCUGUUUCGGUGGAUAUUCAAGAUGUCGAAAUAAUCUCCUUUGACAGUGGUGCUAAGAAGGGUACCAAUGUCAUGACUGGCGAAGAAGUAGAAAUCACUAUCACUGGUAAGAUCAUUGACAGUGCUGUUCCUGGUGAACCAGGUAUUAUGAUUAACAACAUCUAA